AUGCAGCUGCUGCAGCAACGAACCCGAAAAAUAAAAAAAAUAAUAAAACAAAGACAGCAGCAAAAACAGCAACAACAGCAGCAGCAGCAACAGCUGCAGCAGCAACAGCAGCAACGUCAGCAGCAGCACCAUCAGCAGUUGCACUAUCACCAUCAGCAGCAGCAACAGCAGCAGCACCAUCACCAUCAGCAGCAACAGCAGCAGCACCAUCACCAUCAGCAGCACCGUCCGCAGCAGCAGCACCGUCACCACCAUCAGCAGCAGCAGCAGCAGCACCAUCACCAUCAGCACCAUCCGCAGCAGCAGCCGCAGCAACAGCACCAGCACCAUCACCAUCAGCAUCAUCCGCAGCAGCAUCCGCAGCAGCAGCAGCAGCAGCACCAUCAGCACCAUCCGCAGCAGCAGCAGCAGCAGGAGCAGCAGCAGCAACAGCAGCAGCAGGAGCAGCAGGAGCAGCAGCAGCAGCAGCAGCAGCAACUGACCCUCCACUCCAGAAGGCAGGCCAAUGCCAUCUAUGGUCUUCUGCGUUUAGUUGUGUAUAUGUAA